AUGUUCGCUGUUCCAGGAUGGUCCGUUGAGGGCUCUGCUCUGAAGUCACAGACUCAGGCCGUGCAGCCCAAAAACGAAUCCCAGCCGGAGAAGGAUGCCCCCAACGCCGAUGCGAAGAACAACAAGCGCAAGCGUGCCAAUGACCGUGUCACCGCCGGAAAUGUGGAUGAGAUGUACCGCAGGCACAUUGAGAAGGGUGGAAAGCGCGGCCCAGAGGGUUCUGUGAAGACAGAGAAGAAGCAGAAGAAGGAAAAGAAGGAGAAGCAGACACCUGAGACAACCACCGCCCAGGAGCCUAGCGAAACUGUCACCACUGCCGACAGGCUACAACUGCCCCGGCUAAAGAAGCUCUUGCCUCUGCCCCUGCCCCCCGCUGCGCCUGCACUCCCACCAACGGCAAACCUGACCCCUCUCCAGCAGGCUAUGCGACAGAAGCUGGUCUCCUCUCGGUUCCGCCACCUGAACGAAACCCUCUACACCACCCCCUCCGAGAAAGCACUCGAGCUGUUCAAUACCAACCCUGAGCUGUUCGACGAGUACCAUGCCGGAUUCGCACGACAGGUCAAGGAGUCCUGGCCCUCCAACCCGGUCGACGACUACAUCAAGACCAUCCGCACCCGCGGUGCAAUCCCGCUCCCAAGACGAGGAAAGCCCCUCAACCCUGCUAAGGGCUACCCGCUCCCCCGUCGUCCUACUGGAGUAUGCACGUUCGCCGAUCUGGGCUGUGGUGAUGCACAGCUCUCGCGCGCCUUGACGCCCUCCGCCAAGAAGCUGAACAUCAAGCUCAACAGCUACGAUCUGGCAGCGCCCGAUCCAUUGAUCACCAAAGCCGAUAUCUCGAAUCUUCCCUUGGAAGAUGGGGCUGCGGAUGUGGCUAUUUUCUGUCUGAGUCUGAUGGGAACCAACUGGGUUUCGUUCGUCGAGGAGGCAUGGCGUAUUUUGCGCAAUGAUGGCAAGGGCGAGUGCUGGGUCAGUGAGGUCAAAAGUCGAUUUGGCAAGGUCCAACGCAAGAAGUCUCAGAUCGGUGCGCAGAAGCCCAGCAGCAAGGCAGACAAAAAGAAGCCCAAGAAGAAGGGCGGUGACGAUUCCGAGGAUGAUGCUGACAUCUUUGCUGAGGAUGUGCGGCCGUCUGACAAUACCGACGAGACUGAUAUCUCGGCGUUUGUGGAGGUGUUCCAGACUCGUGGAUUCAUGCUUCGCCGGGAAUCCGUGGAUAAGUCCAAUAAGAUGUUCGUGAGAAUGGUGUUUGUUAAGCAGGGUGGUGCGCCUACCAAGGGGAAACACGCUUCGGCCCUCAGUGCGCCUGCGCCUGGUAACAAGAAGCGCUUUGUUGACCGCAAGCCUGAUUCAGAGUCUGGCUUGUCAGCUGAGCAGGAGGCCAAAGUGCUGAAGCCAUGUGUUUAUAAGAUCCGCUAG